UCCCGCCCUCCCUCCCUCGGCGGCGGCGGCGGCUUUUUCGUGAGGCGAUGGCGGCGGUGCGGGGCCUCCGCAUCUCCGUGAAGGCGGCCGAGCCGGAGCCCAUGGAGGUGGAGGAGGGCGAGCUGCUGGUGGUGCAGGCCAGGCCGUCCCCGCCGGGCCCAGACGCCGCGCCUCCUCCGCCCGAGGCCGCCCCCGCCGGAGGAGAAGAAGAAGACGACGAAGACGAGGAGGACGACGACGACGACGGGGAAGAGGAGGAGCUGGAGGUGCCGGUGCGGCGCUCGCUGAGGGAACUGCUGCCGGACACCAGCAGAAGAUACGAAAACAAAGCCGGGAGCUUCAUCACUGGGAUUGAUGUCACUUCAAAGGAAGCCAUCGAGAAGAAGGAGCAAAGAGCAAAGCGUUUUCAUUUCCGUGCAGAGGUGAAUCUCGCACAAAGAAACGUGGCGUUGGACCGAGACAUGGUGAAGAAAGCCAUCCCGAAAGUCCGGCUGGACACCAUCUACGUUUGUGGUGUUGAUGAAAUGAGCACCCAGGACAUCUUUGCCUAUUUCAAGGAGUAUCCUCCUGCUCACAUCGAGUGGCUGGAUGACACUUCAUGCAACGUUGUCUGGCUUGACGAGGUAACAGCCACUCGAGCGCUCAUCAACAUGAGCUCUAUGCCUGAGGAGGAGAAGAUGAAACCCCAAGAAAACAGCAAGAAGGUGGCGGUGGUGGAGGCAAGCAAGAAAGAGAAACAGGAAGAGAGCUCUGAUGACGAGACGGAGGAGGGCGAGGUGGAAGACGACCAUCCAAAUGAGACCGAGCUGGACACUCUCUCCCAGGCGGAGGAAGACUCCCUCUUGCGGAAUGACUUGCGUCCAGCCAGUAAACUGGCCAAAGGCAACAAGCUCUUCAUGAGGUUUGCUACCAGAGAUGACAAAAAGGAGCUUGGGGCUGCCAGGAGGAGCCAGUAUUACAUGAAAUAUGGGAAUCCCAAUUAUGGAGGCAUGAAAGGCAUAUUGAGCAACUCCUGGAAGCGGAGAUACCAUUCACGCAGGCUCCACCGCGACGUGAUUAAGAAAAGGACUCUCAUUGGGGAUGAUGUUGGCCUCACACCUCCUUACAAACAUCGCCACUCAGGUUUAGUAAAUGUUCCUGAGGAACCUAUUGAGGAGGAAGAGGAGGAGGAAGAUGAUGAUCAGGACAUGGAUGAAGACGACCGGGUGGUCGUGGAGUACAGGGAUGAACUGCAGGCUUUCAAGCAGUCGCGGGAGCGGAGUGCCUCCCGGCGGUCCAGCGCAGCCAGCGAGUCUGACUCGGAUGAAAUGGAUUAUGACCUGGAGCUGAAGAUGAUCUCCACUCCCUCCCCCAAGAAGAGCAUGAAGAUGACCAUGUAUGCCGACGAGGUGGAGUCUCAGCUGAAGAGCAUCAGGAACUCGAUGAGAGCAGAUAGUGUUGCAGCCAGCAACAUCAAGAACCGAAUUGGAAGCAAAGGGACUUCAGAGAAAGUGGCUGAUGUGCGGCUCCUCUUGGAGGAAAAGCGGCAGGGAAACCCCAGCCCACGCCAGCCACUGAACUCCGUGAGAUCAGAUGUUCGGCAGAGGCUUGGCAAGAGGCCGCACUCCCCAGAAGCCCACACCCCACCUGGAAGCCCCUCCACGUCCCACCGUGAGCCUCUCUCCGAUGUGCACAGUCGACUGGGCAUCCCCAAGCAGGACGGGAAAGGCCUCUACUCUGAUACCAGAGAGAAGAAGUCAGCAAACUUAUGGACCCGUUUAGGAUCCGCAGCAAAGGUGCAGGAGAAGGUCCCCGAGAAAGCAGAGAAGUCGUCGGCCUCACCCGAAGAAGAGGACUCUGAGCUCCAGCGGGCCUGGGGGGCCCUCAUCAAAGAGAAGGAGCAGUCUCGCCAGAAGAAGAGCCGCCUUGACAACUUGCCCUCACUGCAGAUCGAAAUCAGCCGGGAGAGCAGCUCAGGCUCAGACACAGAAUCGUGACGGCCUUUGGGGCGCUGCUGCUCCCAGGUGACUGUUGCCCUCGACCCCAAAGUGGGAGCCGGGCCCGGCGCGACCCAGGAGCCUCUUGCCCUGCUGAAUGUCCGAUCCCUGCGGUGCAAGGUGGCCCUGCGGGGCAGAGAGAGGUGACCUUGGCUGAGAGUGCGUGAGUGAAUGUCUGUGUGUUUGUUCCCCUAGAAAGCAGUUGGGGGUUUUGUAGGAGACUUGUAUGUUCUUUUAGGCUUUCCACGUACUGGUUUCUUUUAAGAGGGGGAAAUGGUUCCAGCAGUUCCCUCAAAGGACUUGGGACUUUCCUUGAUGACCUCCUUGGUCCUUCUCCGGGUUGCC